CCUACCUUAGGGAAGCUUGGGUCUCGGCGCCCGCCGUAGACGCAGAGACUAGUAGCCGGUUGCCUUGGAGCCAGCUAGACGCGGAUGGGCCUUCACCUCUGUGGAGAGGCCCCGCCGCUUGCCUGGGUCAUCAUGUCGGUGCUGGAUGCGCUGUGGGAGGACCGGGAUAUCCGCUUCGACGUGUCAUCGCAACAACUGAAAACAAGACCUGGAGAAGUCCUUAUUGAUUGUUUAGAUUCAAUUGAAGACACCAAAGGAAAUAAUGGAGAUAGAGGUAGACUCUUAGUAACAAAUUUAAGGAUUCUCUGGCACUCUUUGGCAUUACCUAGAGUCAAUCUCUCUAUCGGUUACAACUGUGUAAUGAAUAUUACAACAAGGACUGCUAACUCCAAAUUACGAGGCCAAACUGAAGCUCUUUAUAUACUAACAAAAUGUAACAGUACUCGUUUUGAGUUUAUAUUUACAAAUUUGGUUCCUGGAAGUCCUAGACUUUUUACUUCUGUGAUUGCAGUACACAGAGCAUAUGAAACUUCUAAAAUGUAUCGCGAUUUUAAAUUGAGAAGUGCACUAAUUCAAAAUAAGCAACUAAGAUUAUUACCACAAGAACACUUAUACGACAAAAUCAAUGGAGUGUGGAAUUUAUCCAGUGAUCAGGGAAAUUUAGGAACCUUUUUUAUUACCAAUGUGAGAAUCGUGUGGCACGCAAAUAUGAAUGACAGCUUUAAUGUCAGCAUACCAUACCUGCAAAUUCGUUCAAUAAAGAUUAGAGAUUCAAAAUUUGGUUUAGCUCUUGUCAUAGAAAGCUCUCAGCAGAGUGGAGGGUAUGUUCUUGGCUUUAGAAUAGAUCCUGUGGACAAACUACAAGCAUCAGUUAAGGAAAUCAAUUCCCUUCACAAAGUGUAUUCGGCCAGUCCCAUAUUUGGAGUGGAUUAUGAGAUGGAAGAAAAGCCACAGUCCCUGGAAGCUCUGACGGUUGAACAAAUUCAAGAUGAUGUAGAAAUAGAUCCCGAUGAUCACCCAGAUGCUUUUGUGGCUUAUUUUGCUGAUGGCAAUAAGCAACAAGAUCGUGAACCUGUAUUUUCAGAAGAACUGGGGCUUGCAAUAGAGAAAUUGAAGGAUGGAUUCACCCUACAGGGACUUUGGGAAGUAAUGAGUUGAUCUUGAGCUGGAUUUCUGUUUAAAGAUAUCUCAAGAUUAAAGAUACCAGUUGCCUGCUAUAAGGCAUGGAAUAGUUUUCACAUUUACAGAAAAAGCUUUUAAGGAAGAAUUUUUUAAUGAUUAAGGAAAAAUUCAUUUAUCUAGGAUUUUACUGUCAUUUUUUAAAAAUUAUAUUUAAAAUUGUAAUCAAAAUGUAUCUGGUUUAUAAAUAUGCAUAUUUUGUACUUAAUACUUGUAAAUUAUUAGUCUGCAGAUAUUAAAUAAUUAUCACAUUAGUUUUAAUAAAGAAUUUAUGUAGCACCAUUUAAUGUUUUAAAAGUAUUACUUAAAAGAAUAUGACUAUUCUUAUGGAGUAAUCAAAACACAGCUUUUUAAAUUAUAAAACUCUGCUUUAACUAUAUUACCAUAUAGCUCCAAAUGUAAGCCAUCUCUAAAAUAAAUUACAACCCUUAAACUUCUCAUUUUUAGGUGAUCAUUUCUGCAAAAAGUAAGUUAUAACUAAUUAUAGAAUAUAUCAACUCAUGUAAAGUUUUGGGCACUAUUUUGUAAAUAAUUUUAAUAUAGUUUUGGCGAGAAUAUGUUUUAUUUUAUAAGUAAAUAAUCUGUAAAUAAAUAGUUCAUUUAUUGUCUUCAUUGUUUGUAUUAUUGAAACUUAUGUGACGUUUUCAAACCUAGGAUAUUAUUUUCUGAUCUCUUGGUUAGGUAAGAUUUGGCAACUGCUCCGGCAUCAGUGCUGUUUGCACUGCGUCGGUGUAUAGAGACAUCAUAAGGAACCUUUGUCAAAUCAUUGAAAGUAGCCAAAGGAGCCUCUUUCUCUAGAGGGAAAGGAGUACAUGUGUAAAUAUUUAAAAUAAGGUUAAACAUAAACAUAUAGUACAAUGAAGCACUAACUCGAGUCUAAUAAAAACCAAUGAAAAAAAGCUGUAAAGUGGUUUAUUUAAACAGGAAAGGAUUUCUACAUUUUUAAGGGAUGGGAUUGUAAUGAACAACUAUAUUAGGGGAAAAAAGUUCUUGGAAAAAUUUAUACAGGUCACAAAAUCCUAGCAGGAAUUUGUUUACAAGCAAAAGUGACGUUAUAAAAUUGCCAACUAGUAAGGAAUAAUCUCAAAUCAUGCUGUUUGCAUCUGACUCAUUAAUCUUCUCAAAUGUUAGGUGUUACGUGUAGAGAGAAGUGAGUCAUUUAUUGUUCAAACAAGAGGGCAGCUGUUAGUUUUUCCUAGUGUGUGAAAACUUCAGUGGCGUCUAUAAAUGGAAAAGGAGUCAAUGAGCUCUUCGUUCAGCUGUUGUUUUAGCAGCUGACAGCACCACUGACUUCACCGUGAUGU